CCUUCCAUCAAGAUCCCCAGCCAGAAUGGCUCGUCAUUGAGUCCACUUACACAGAAGGACAAGAUAUCACCACACUCGCAUGGUUACCGCGCUCCCACAGACCCAAAUACAGAAAUAUGCUACCAACAACUAGGUUAUCCCUGUCCUUAUGGGAUAAACACCAGACCAAAUCCUGGCCGUCAGAGUACCCGUCGCCGGCUAUGAAGCUACAGGCCCUCACAACACUCAUACCCUACUUUAAUGCAAAAACAUGGACCUCCCAUGGCGUGACACACCUCCACCAGCUACUCGAUAAAGGCAACCUGAUCUCGUUUGAGCGCCUACAAACUGAAUAUCAAGUACCGAAGACACUACUUUUUUCUCACAUUCAGAUAAAAUCAUGGUUUCAUAAAUACCAUCCCCCAAAGGCCCAACCCGAACAAUCCACGCAAUUGUCCACAGCGGAACAAAUGUGUCUGCAAACCAAACCACCAAAUAAACCUAUGUCUCAAUUAUACCACGAAAUCACCCGCAAAGCAUAUCUCACAAAACCCUCGUUUAUCGCAGCCUGGGAACUGGACCUAAAUAUGAAACUAACCGACACACAGUGGCUCCACAUAUUCUCAGCUAAUAAGAACUUAAAGAUGUGUGCCUCACACGUAGAAAUAUCCAGGAAGAUACUAUAUCGCUGGCACAUUGUCCCAACCAAGUUAAAACGCAUAAACGCCCAUCCACAGGUAAAUGCUGGAGAUGCAUGGACCAACCAGGAACCACAUACCACAUCUGGUGGUCAUGCCCUAAAAUUGUACCCUUUUGGGCACAAAUCUCCAAACUGA